UGAGGUUAUUUUUGCGCAUGCACGCCGCCUUUAAGAGCGCAGCCUGUCUGCGCGCGCCGCAGCACUAAACGCACAGGCGAGCGGAGGAGAGCCGAACCUAGCCACCAUCAGCUGAGAGGGUCCAACCUGAUGAGCCAGCACCGACGCCGGGCCGGCUCCGUGAGGGCCACCGGGACCUAGUCCCACUGGGCUGUGCUCUUGCCCUCCUAGGACUUGUCUUGUUCGUCUUGGAUCCGCCGUCAUGGUUCUGGGUAAAGUUCGGGCUCUGGCCGUGUGCUUCGACACCCUGAACGAGAACAACCUGCCGGUGUUCUCCGGGGGGGAGCUGGUGUCGGGCCGGGUUCUGGUGGACGUCACCGGGGAUGUUCGAGUCAGGAGUCUGGACGUGACCGCGAGGGGGGUCGCCAAGGUCCGCUGGACCGAGUCCCGAAACGCCGGAGCCAACACGGCCUACACGCAGAACUACACCGAGGAGGUGGAGUACCUGCACCACAGGGACUGUCUCAUUGGCGAGGACAGAGACGAGGACGGCGUGGACGAAGGCGUGACGCUGCUUCACGCUGGCCUGCACGAGUUUGCCUUCAGCUUCCACCUGCCGCAGAUGGCGCUGGCAACGUCGUUCGAGGGCAAGCACGGCAGCGUGAGGUACUGGGUGAAGGCCGAGCUGCAGCGUCCUUGGAUGCUACCGGUGAAGGUGAAGAAGGAGUUCAUCGUCUUCGAGCACAUAGACAUCAACACGCCGCUGCUGCUGCAGGCCCCCCAAGCGGGCAGCAAAGAGAAGACGCUGUGCUGCUGGUUCUGCGCCUCGGGUCCCAUCUCGCUGAGCGCCAAGAUAGCCCGCAAAGGCUACACGCCAGGCGACUCCAUCCAAAUCUUCGCCGAGGUGGAGAACUGCUCGUCUCGCGUGGUGGUCCCCAAGGCGGCGCUCUACCAGACGCAGACCUUCUUCGCCAAAGGCAAAGGCAAGGAGAUCCAGCAGCUGGUGUCUAACCUGCGUGGCGAGUCCCUGGCGCAGGGCAAGAGUCAGAGCUGGGAGGGCAAACUGCUCAAGAUCCCCCCAGUGUCCCCGUCCAUCCUGGACUGUCCCAUCAUACGCGUAGAGUACGCCCUUGUGGUGUACGUGGACAUCCCAGGUGGUCUCAACCUGUCUCUGUCCUUGCCGCUGGUGAUCGGGACCAUCCCCCUGCACGCCGCCGCCUCGCGCACGUCCAGCAUCAGUAGCCACGGCAGCGUAUCCAGCUGGGGGGGCGUGCCCGAACGGCCCGAGGCGCCACCGAGCUACAGCGAGCUGGCCUUCUCCGAGGCACAUCGGCGCCACUGCCUGCGCGGCGGUGAUGAGCGUCACGAGCACGAGGCGGCGCCGCUGCUCGCUUACAUCAGCGAGUUCAGAUACCUGCCCCCCCCGCUCUACGCCGAGGUGGACCCUUAUCCUGACCCGGCAGAGGCGUGUUCCGUCCUGGAGGCGAGGACACUGGACACGUGUCCGUCUCGCUGAGGAGGGAAGCCACACCGUCAGCUGUGACUUGUCACAUGACAUCAACAUCAACACCAGUCGCCCCUGCUAAACACCCCCACCCGACUCCACCCCACCGAGGUCACCUGACCCGGGAUCCAAUGACCGCUUGAUUGAUGUUCACAGACGCCCGGCGUGCCCCCCGAGGACAAGUACAGGACGUUCCGGACGGGACAUCUAAACGACUUGACCGCGCCCACAACUGAAGUACUUGUGUGUCCUGGAUCAGAGGGCAAAGGUCAUGUUGAAGAAAAUAACUGAUGAUGACAUCACCGAUGCACUUAAACUGUAUGAAUGUGUGUGUGUGUGUGUGUGUGUGUGUGUGUGUGUGUGUGUGUGUGUGUGUGUGUGUGUGUGUGUGUGUGUGUGUGUGUGUGUGUGUGCGUGCGUGUGUGUGUGCGUGUGUGUGUGCGUGUUUGUGCGUGCGCGCGCAUCAGCACAAACGACCAACUUGGAGAACCACAAGUCGCCUGUUGAUGUUUCUAAAGUAAAAAAAAAAAGUAAAGUGAGCAUCCAAAGUGAAAAUGUUUACACAAGAAUGAAUUUGACGUUCAAACUUCCUCCUAAAAGUACAAAGUGCAAUAUUUUUAUAUCUCAUGUCCUUUUUAGCACAACUUUUGCAUAUCUUCCAUUUCUCUGCAUUAUUAUUAUUAUUCAUGUGAUGAUUUUCUUGCUGUCAUGAUCAAUUUUUGAUAAAAAAAAAAUAAAAGUUAUUUUGUGGAAA